UUUUUACGAUAUUACCUCCAUAAUCUAAAUGUUAACAGUUCAAUUUAUUGCAUUUUAGGGUUGGUAUGUUGCCGUGUUUUAUAGAAGGUGUAAGGGCAUAAUCAUCGCACGGAGUUUUUUAUGUUUUAUAACAUAAGACCUUAUCGCAUCUGGUUACAUCCCGAAUUACCGUAUGGUAGCUACUCCAUGAUAAGUCUACAGUGAAUUUCUACUCGAUUAAAGUGGCUACAAAGACCGUGGGAUCAAUAUAACUUUUCAACCUAGAGUGACUUUGUUUUUGUUUUCUCAAAAUGUUUGGUUUUGGUUCACCUCAGGUGCCUUCCAGCGCCAUUCCACCAUUGCCUAAUGAUGAUGCGAACAUUACUGGAAAAUUUGAUCCUACAGCGUUGGAGCGUGGCGCCAAGGCGCUGAAGAUGCUAGAUUCAUCGCCUAACGCGCAGAAAGCAUUUGAAUUGACGAAGAUGCAGGAGAUGACUCGUCAGCAUGAGAUUCAGAAGGAAAUACAGCAGAUGCAACUUCGUCAGAGUGAGCUUGGUGCUCAACGCGCUCGUGUUGAAAGUGACGAGAAGCGCAAAUUGAUGGCUCAACAGCAGGAGCAAGAUCGAAUAACUGCUCAGUAUAAGGCUAAGUUAGAGGCGGAAGCUUAUCAGAAGAAGUUACAAGAUCAACGUCGUCAGAAUGAAGAGUGGUUGAAUCAGCAGCAUCAGCAAUUUUUGCGUCAGGAGGAAGCGAGGAAGAAAACUGAGAUGGAGAUUCUCAACAUGCGUAAAGCUCAAAUUAGAGAGGAGAAGGCUUUGGAGCGUGAGAACAUUAAGGCACGCGUUCAGGAGGAGGGCCGUAUACGAAUAGAGCAGGAGCGUAAAAACUUUGAUAUUCACGUUAAGAUGAUGAAGGAGAGGUCUGUGGAGGAGCGUAAAACUAAGUUAGAAUCAUUACAAAUAACAUUUUCAUCUCUUGGCACUGCAUUUUCAUCACUUUUGGCUGACAAGCAACGCCUUACUGCAGGGGUAACUACUCUAAGUGCAUUGGCACUAGGAAUAUAUGGUGCCAAGAACGGCACGCGAUUAGCUGGACGUAUUUUGGAACGUCGGUUGGGUAAACCUCCCUUGGUUCGUGAAACGUCACGAUGGACUCUCAUGGGAGGCAUAUCCAAUUUAUUUAAAAGAUACUUUCCUACUGGCAAUGUCAAUGCUUUAACCAAGAUAGUUCUUGAUAACAAUUUGCACCAACGUCUUUCCUGGACCACCAACUCACUUAUGAAUGCCAAGAAGAAUGGUGCUCCUUUCCGUAAUUUACUUCUUUAUGGUCCUCCUGGUACAGGAAAGACUUUGUUUGCGAAGACUUUAGCCAGUAACAGUGGGAUGGACUUUGCCAUAAUGACGGGGGGAGAUAUAGGCCCUCUUCAGGAGGAAGCUGCUAGUGAGAUUAACAAGUUAUUCAAGUGGGCUAAGAAGACCAAAAAGGGUCUUCUUUUAUUCAUUGAUGAAGCUGAUGCAUUUUUACGUCAGGGGCGCUCAUCUGCUAAUGGAAUGUCUGAAAACAUGCGGAAUGCACUUUCCGCCUUUUUGUAUCACACUGGAACGGAGAGCAAGGAAUUAUCUUUGAUUUUAGCUACCAACGAGCGUGAGAUAUUGGAUAAGGCCGUUUUGGACCGCAUGGAUGAGCAAUAUGAGUUUGGUCUUCCUCAACUGGAGGAAAGAAAACGCAUGAUAGCUAUGUUUAUGAAAAAGUAUGUAUUGACUCCAACCACUCGUGGCAAUAAGGUUGAGAUUGAUGAAAAUAUUAAUGAUGACUUUUUCGCUAAGGUAGCUGAACGCACUGAGGGGUUUUCAGGGCGUCAGUUAUCGAAAAUGUGUAUCGCUAUUCAAAGUGCUGUGUUUGGUUCUGGGACUACUAGGCUUAGCCUUGAACUUGCUGAAACUGUGAUCAACUGGCAUAUCGAUGAACACCGCAAAAAUCACAAAACCACUGAACACGCAGAGCCCGCUGACUAGUCAAUAUUUU